AUGUCAGCCGCGCUCGCGCCCCCCCCCCCGCACUCCCCCGGCCGAGGCUGCAACCGCAGCAGCGAAGCGCAGGCAGCAGCAGCCCGUCGGUGCGCACAGGCGCGCACGGCUCUGGCGGGGAAGACCAGCCCCGGAGGAGGCACCGAGCCGAGGCGGGAGGAGAAGCCGAGGAGGCGCAGCCCCGGGGCGGCAGCAGCAGCAGCAGCAGCGCCGCUAGGGCAGCCAGGCGGAGAGGGAAGCGCCUUGUUUACCCGCCCGGCCGGGGAGGAAGCGCGGGGAGCCUUUGUCUUGGGGCGGCAGCAUCCCUCCUUCGCCCGCCUCUCCUCCUCUCCCCGCUGCCGCGCCAGGCACGUCUCGCUAGACCCGCCGAGAGCGUUGCCGACCCCAAAACCGCCGCCGCCGUGGACGCCGGGCGAGCGGAGGGGCUGCGGCGCGGCGGCGCGUUCGGCGGGCUCUGCCUCCUCUCUCCAUGGUGGCGGCUUCCGCGGACGGCGCCGAGCCCAGCUUCUGCGAGGGGCCGCCGCUGUAGACCGGGCUCCGGACCCGACCGCCCUUGGGGCCGCCGCCGGGGCGCCGCGAGCCCCGCACCGUUUCUCCUCAGGCGCGGCCGGGCAUUGCGCGUGCAAGAAUAUGCUCAUGAAGGAGUACCGGAUCUGCAUGCCUUUGACAGUUGAGGAGUACAGAAUUGGACAGCUGUACAUGAUCAGUAAACAUAGCCACGAGCAAAGUGAUCGCGGAGAAGGCGUAGAAGUGGUGCAGAAUGAGCCUUACGAAGAUCCGAAUUACGGGAAUGGUCAGCUGACAGAAAAACGGGUUUAUCUGAACAGUAAACUUCCAAGCUGGGCAAGAGCUGUUGUCCCCAAAAUAUUUUAUGUAACCGAGAAAGCCUGGAAUUACUAUCCUUACACAAUUACAGAAUACACGUGUUCAUUUUUACCCAAAUUCUCCAUUCACAUAGAGACAAAAUAUGAAGACAACAAAGGAAGCAAUGAUAAUAUAUUUGAUAAUGAAGCCAAAGAUCUUGACAGAGAAGUUUGCUUUAUUGAUAUUGCCUGUGAUGAAAUUCCAGAGCGCUAUUACAAAGAGUCCGAGGAUCCUAAAUAUUUCAAAUCGGAGAAGACUGGGAGAGGCCUGCUAAAAGAGGGCUGGAGAGACACUCACCAGCCCAUCAUGUGUUCCUACAAGUUGGUGUCUGUGAAAUUUGAAGUAUGGGGACUUCAAACUCGAGUAGAACAGUUUGUUCACAAGGUAGUCAGAGAUAUAUUGCUGAUUGGUCACCGACAGGCUUUUGCAUGGGUCGAUGAGUGGUAUGACAUGACUAUGGAUGAAGUCCGAGAGUUUGAACGAGCUACUCAGGAAGCCACCAACAAAAAAAUUGGGAUCUUCCCUCCUGCAAUAUCCAUCUCUAACGUCUCCCUCCCUUCUUCGAUCCGCAGCGCUCCUUCUAGUGCUCCGUCUACGCCUCUAUCCACAGAUGCACCUGAAUUCCUAGCAGUUCCCAAAGACCGACCACGAAAGAAGUCUGCCCCAGAAACUCUCACGCUGCCAGAUCCAGACAAAAAAGCUCUUUAAAUCCAGCAUGUUUUCUUAUGACAGACCAUGACUAUUUGUAAAGCUUACAGCCCUUGUUUCAUUUAAACAAAUUUGACCAACCUAGAAGAAUGACUCCCUCCCCUCCCUUGGCUUGUCCCUUAAACCAGUCGGCUAAAUGCAUGCAAGGACGUAGUUCCUGUGCUCUGAUUCCCAAACUAAAGCUCUAAGCCAUAUGACAGAUGUUGCUAUCAACACAAAAUUAAACAGCUUGCAAAGGCAAAAAAAUCUUUGUAGCAACUGUAGUAAAUGCAGAUAAUUCUUACAGAGAGAGAAACAAUAUUUGUGAUUGGAGAUGUUGUGAAGAUUCAUUAAAGGACACGUUGAAAGAAUGAGGGACUGUUUAGGGACAGGUUCAAAGGAUAGCACUUCUCGUUUCAAGCCAUUAGAUAUCAAUUUCUAAAGUCCAUUCUACUCUCAGGCUGAGUGCACCUUAAACAAAACAUUGGAUCUGCUUCUCACUGAAAAAAACUUGAAUACCAACAGUAAUUAUUUAGACUCUUGUUUUCUGAAUAUAACUCAGGAUGUAGGGUGUAGCCAAUGUAUGCUUUAAGCUCUUCAAAAUUAAAGAACCACUCUGCUGUUGCUCUCAUAGUAGUUAAUUAUAUUUUAAGUCCCUUGAACUAUUUGUAUAUUGCACAAAAUUUAUGACUUAUUUGUCUUGUGCAUAGUUAUAAUAAUUUUUCUAGAGGAGAGCCUUGUUGCAGAGAUAAAAAUAGGAAUAUAGGCAAUUAAAUUGGCUAUGGAGCCCAAAUAAGACGAAAGUGUCCAAAUGAGGUUGCUGUUAUUUAUUUAUUCGUUUAUGUUCAUUAAUUCAAGCCCUCGGUGUUCUUAGGGGUGGCAACAAAAUCGAUCAAAAUCCUGAUCCAAAAGCCUGUUUAAAAUCAAAUUAAAAUGUCACUGUUUUUGACAGGAUUUUGAUCAGAUACUGAACUACUCUGUCCUGACAGGUGUAACGUUCUGCUAAUGGCUGAGAAGAUUGGUCAGCAAGUAAUUGGAAGGUGUUUCUUGUACGCAAGAAAAUAUGUAAGGAAAGGGCAGAAUCUGAGCCCAGGCGAUGCUUCUGUGGGACAUUGCCUGGGCUUUUGAGCCUCCAGCCCACUUUCGGUUUGAAAGACAGAAUCUUUAGGUAUCAAAGUAAGACGUUAAAGAAGGAGGGGAACACAGGAAGACAAAACAAAGAGGCAGGCUCUUCGUCUUAACAGUUCCCACUUCUCCUUUUUGUGCCUCUUCCCAAUUUACUGCCAGAAACUCCCUAUUUCCUGAAACUGCCAAGAAGGAACAGAACACACAGGGCCCUUGAAUGCUUUGUUGCCAUUUCAGGUCAAACCACAGCUUCAUGGGUCUAUAGCUCCCCAGCUCUUGCCAGAAACAACAGGGGAGGAAGACAGAGAAAAGGUCUUAGAAGAAGAAUAGCCAUCUGUGGUCAUAGUGAGAGAAGCUCUUGAGCUUUGAAAGCAGGCCCCUUCAAGGGGGAAGGGUAACUUGGUCCAUUAUUUUCCACUGCCUUCUCAAAGUGGCAAGAUGGCAAAUUUAACUGUGGACCAGGGUUUUAGAAUAGCGUGUGGUCCUUAUUCCCCUGCAUUUGCUAGUGAGAGAGAUAUAAUUGUGCUGUAGUGUUUUCAGUUAUACCAAGGAUUCUAAAGCUUUGUCAUAGGAGGCUUCCUCAACUCCAGGCAAAAACAAGACUCUUUAACAGGCAGGGUCUGACGUCCAUUCCAUCUUGUAAGCAAAAUCCUGUGGGAAGUUCUUUCACUUCCAGUCCUCAGCAGCACCCCGCACCAGACAGUUAUCCUAGCUAAGGCUAAUUAGAAAGCUGGGGCCAAGGGUGGAUGUACAAAAGUGGGCUAUGAGGUCAGAAAGGAGUUUGUGCCUUCUUAGGGGAAUCUCUUUCCCAUGCUGAAAAAUCUGGAACAAUAUUAGAAUGCUGAAUCCUGGCUAAAUUUCUGAAAAGAAGUGAAAAAAUCCCUCAACAAGUAUACCUCUUCAGCCAAAACUGGCAUCAGAUAGCCUAUAAGCCUUUGAUCUAAUUAAGGGC